GUCGCACCCUACGCGUUGUUCCCAUACUGCUUCGCGACAGCCGCUAUGGAGGCUCGUCGUCGCACGGCUGUACUCCGCGUGAAGCGGAAACGCGGCGAGGAGCCUGCCGAGGCUCUGGUCCUCGCUUGUAAACGCCUCCGGAGCGAUGCGGUGGAGUCGGAGGCCCAAGACACGCCCCCCGAGGUUCUGGAGAAAGGACCAGAGAAGAACAUCUUCCAGUUGGUGGCUACCGUGUGCUCCCAGGAGGAGCCGGUCCAUCCAUUCCUGCGGGUCGCUCUGCCCCCACCCUGGGGCACCCAUCAGCGUAUCCGCCACGACAUCCGCGCGUCUACUCGGAAGAUCCAGCAGGAGGGUCGCUACAGGGUAGUCUGUAGCCGCCGAUCCGUGGACAUUCCUUUGGAUGACCUGGAGCCCGAGGACGUGCUGGGAAACCCAGAAGCCGACGGUGACGCACGCUUCCAGCUGUUGGAUCUGGUCCACGAAGAAGGAGACCCCGAAGCCUCUGCUGCCGCCGCCGACUCCUACAAAGUGGCUGACCCAGAUGUGAUACUUUGCAAUUCUGUAGAGAUGAUCCGUGAGCGGUUGACUAUAUCCGAGGAUGGACCAAGUGCUGGGCAGCAGAAGGAACAGAAGGAUGACUAUGUGUAUGACAUUUACUACUUGGAAACGGCCACUCCAGGAUGGAUUGAGAAUAUCAUCUCUGUGAAGCCCUACAGCAAGGAGUGGGAGCUGGUGAAUGAUGAACAACAACUAGAGGACAUUUAUGAGGAUGAAGAUGAUGAGAAUAGUGAGAAUAAUUGGCGCAAUGAGUACCCAGAGGAGGAGAGCAAUGACGGUGAUGACUCCAGAGGCUCUGAUGAAUACCACAGCCUCAGUGAAGAGGAAAGAGACGAUAGCAGACCACAGGAGGGAAGCAAAUACCCUUCGGAUGUGCAGAAGGAGUUUGGCUAUGACAGCCCUCGUGACCUGGACUCGGACUGAGAAUCCUGUGACAGCCAUGAGGUUCUAGCAUAGGCCCUUGGGGGCUCUGACUGCAGCAUCAGACACCCUGGUAAUGGGUUUCUUGGCAUAACACACGGAAGGAAAAAGCAUGUCCGACAGCACCAUCAUACCAGUGAAAACGUGCUGAAGGAGUGUCUCUUUUCCACUACUAGUAGUGCCCUUUGCCUCAUUCAAGUAGCUACAGUCUAGGGG